GAUCAGUGUGGCCCCAGAAGUGCCACCUGUAGUGUCCAUCAGUGCCAGCUGUCAGUGCUGAACAGUGCCACGUGCCAGUGCCCAUCAGUGCCACAUCCAGUGCAUACCAAUGUCACAUAUCAGUGCCCAUCUGAGCUUCCUUUCAGUGUCACCCAUCAGUGCCACCUAUUAAUGCAAUCAGUGCCACCUAUCAGUGCUGCCAAUGAGUGCCACCUAUCAGUGCCAUUCAGUGCCACCUAUCAGUGCCAGUCAGUGCCGCCUAUCAGUGUGCAUCAGUGCCGCCUAUCAGUGCCCGUCAGUUCCGCC